AUGCCAACCACCAUAUUCCCCCCAAUCCCCUACUUCAUCUUCGGCAUUUUCGAGCCCCUAGCCCUCAUCGGCGGCUCCCUCUACCCCCACCUACAACCCUCCUCCUUCAUCCUAUCCCAAAUCCCACAUAACCCAGAUCCCACAGGAACCAUCACUCCCUCGUCGCUCUCCCUCGCCUACCAACUCUCCAACAUCUACUUCCUGCUCGCGCUUCUCGGCAUCGCGCUGAUCCACAGCACCUCGGAGCCCAAAGUCCUGCGCAACUAUCUGGUGUGUUUGGCGGUUGCGGAUCUGACGCAUAUCUUGGCCGCGGGGUAUGCCAUGGGAUGGGAGAGGUUCGUGGAUAUAGCCGGGUGGAAUGCGCUUACGUGGGGGAAUGUGGGUGUUACGGCGGGACUGUUUCUGAGUAGGGUUGUGGUGUUGGGGGGUGGGUUGGGGGGUGUUGUUGGUCAGGUUGGUGAGGGGAAGAUGAAAUUGAAGGCGAAGGGUAAGGGUAAGGUUAACUAUGUGGCUAUCCUAACACCCCCGUUCGGAUCAAAGGAUGUGCACCAAGCUCACGGUCUAGAUUCAAUUUCAAUGAGGAUUGCAAACGAAAAAGAACAGGGAUUAUCCGAAAUCAAGAAGAAGGAUAAAAAGGGGGAAUGA